AUGAAGAGCGCGGUGCUGGGGCGGGGGUGCUCCCGGGGCUUGGCGGGCGGGGGGCGCUGGGAGUGUUCCCGGGGGCGAGGCGCAGAGGUGCCUCACGCCCGGCAGCGCCCCCGGGGCCGGGACUCGCUCCGUGCCGCGACCGGGAAGGCGGAGCGGGGGAGCGGGGCCGUACCACCGUCUCCCUCAGCUGGCAGGGCAGCUGUGCCACAGCCUACGCUGACCCGGCCACUGAGCAUGGUGCUGGCUGGGCAGCGCCGGCAGCUGGUGGUGUGCGUGGUGAGCAACCUGGCUCCCAGCUCUGGCCGUGCUGUCUGGAUCUCCAGUGGGAAUGGCAGCAUCCUGCAGUCCUUUGCCUAUGGGGCCUCCCAGGAGGAUGGUGGCACCGUCUGCUCCGUCUCCCUCCUUUCCAGUGAUCCCCCGCGCGAGAGGGAACUUGCCUGCCAUGUGGGGGCCGACAGGACCUCCCCGUCCCACAGCUCCAGCCCCAUCCGCAUCUCCGGCAACGAGGAGGCGGCAGAGCUGUGCAGCACAGCUGUGUCACCAGCCCCUGCCUUGGCAGCCUUGCUUAUGGCUGUCCGCGUGGUGUUGCUGAAGGUCUUGCUCUCUGAUGCUGUCUUCACGUCCAUUCUCCUCGCCCAGAGCUGAGCUAUGGGCAACUGCCCAUGCCCGAAGGGUAAGUCGCCCUGGUUUGGUGUACAGGUGUGAAAGUCGCUGGAAAUAUUCUGGAGGUUGAGGAGAGGACCCCCAAAUGGUGGAGGGAGGAGACCCAUUUGUUUGGGGGAGGUACAGGAUGGGAAUCUUUCUUUGGGUGGACAAGGAAGAGGGGCUAACAGGUCUCUGUGGGUAGCCAGGCCCCACAUCCCUCCAGGAAUUACCUGGAGGAUGGGAAGGGACCCCAAAUUAUGCAGAGGUAGGGAAAAGGCCCCAAGGUACCUCGAGGGGUAAACUCUCCAGAA